CACCAUCUACAACUGAUUCAGCUCCAGGUCUAGUAGGCUAUGAGCUUGGUUUCAAAAUUAUCAACAAGAACUUGACCAAUACAAAUCCAUUAUCACCAGAAUAUAAGCAAUUGAUCGGUUCCAUCAGUAAUGAGUUGAAUCAACUCUUCCAACAGAGUUCCAUCAACGAUGGAUUCAAAAUUUGUGCUGUAACUAAAUUAAGGAUCGGUUCCAUCAUAGUUGAUUGCAGGUGUUACUUCCAUCCUGCAAGGAAUAUCAGCAAAGACACCAUCAAAAAUGUCUUUCAACGAGAGACCCAGAAUGCCACCUCUCAGUGGCUGGGUAGCAGGUUCCAAAUCAUGGGCUUCACCAUGGAAGUUCUUGAAACAAAUACUGAAGCAGUAAACGAUAAGCCCCCCCACAUGCUAAAGGUAAAGAACUUCACUGUAAAUUUCACCAUUAUCAACUUGCCAUACAAGGACAUGAACAAUCCAAAGUCAGAUGUUUAUCAGAAAACCAAAGAGAGCAUCAAGGAUGAGCUCAACCAUCUGUAUCAACGCAGUGAUCUAAACAAGAGUUUUCUAGGCUGUUCUGUGAAAAACCUGAGACCCACUAGCCAUGAAACUCAAACUGGUGUCAAUUCUAUCUGCACAUUUGCAAUGGAGUUUGGUUCAAGGACUGUUGACAAAGACCUUGUGCAUGAUAUAUUUAAAAACCUGACUCAGAAUGCUUCUCUAAUGGGGAAAUACAGCCUGGACAAUAACAGCAUAAAUAUUAAUGCAUAUCCUUCAGCCAUGGCAACAAAACCAUCCAAACAAGAGCUUCCUUAUUGGGCCAUCAUCCUCAUAUGCUUCUCCGCCUUACUGGGUUCUAUCUUUUUAUUUCUUCUAUGUGUCAUGACUGCUGCCUGGGUGAAGAAGAGAGCAGGCAAGUAUCAGAUCCAAAGGAACAUGUUUGGCCUUUAUUUCCCACACAUGGACAUGCAGAAAUCACAGUGAUGUGGAUUUUGGAAACUUGACGCCUUCCCUGCAGGAAGACCCUUUUUGCAGAGUUCCAUUUUGCACAUAUUGUGCAGAAACAUAUGUUUACUAUAGCUGGAAUGAAUUUCUAGAUGAAAAAGAGAUACUACAUAUUCUGUGGAAGAAUGCCAGAUUUAGAGGUUGAUGGGGUGCCCUGUCAUAUUUAUUUAUUAUGUGUUGUGAAACUUGGAAUAUCUUUUUAAAUAUCUAUAAAAACUGUAGAGUAGAUUAUUUAAGUUCAAAAAAGAGAGAUUCUGCCUGGAGCAUGGAUCAGUAUUAAAAAAAGUUGCAUCUUUUUGAGAAUGCAAAGCACCAGUGAAUUCUAUUGCACAUUAAAAAUGUAAAAAAAGAAAAUAUAUAUUCUUUUGCUCAAUCAGUAAACAUUUCACUUGCUUUUGGUUUUGAAGCAGGAAUUUUCUUCUUCAAAGACAAUUAAGUUGUUGAAAUGGAAGACUUACAGUAUUUUUAUUUGAGCUGCAAUUAUAUCAUAUUGUACUGUACUGCACUGUACUGUAGUAUCUGUUUUCAAAAUAAUGUAUCUUGGGUAGAGAUGAUUUUCAAUCCUUUUUUUAAACAUUUCAAAUGUUCCUGAUUUCUUAUAAAUCAAUAAACAUGAG